CUGCCCCUCCUCCCCUCUACGCGCGGUGGAUCAAGAGACCUGGGCUCUUCGGUUAAUCAGGCGCAUCGAAGUAUAGCUAUAAGCGUGAACCAGCGCCCUUAAGCUAAGGAACUAAAACAAAGGCUACGGUCGAGCAAGAUAAGUCUGAAAGCAUGCAGGAACAGAUUGGGUGAGAGGGGUCAUAUAAUAAGAGGUCCGGGAGCCUGACACUUGGCCUGGUUGGUCAUCGCCCCACGCCCAUGCCUCUGGCCCCCAUCGACCUAGAGGGAGGGGCUUCACGGCAUCUAAAAGAUUCCCAAGUGCGUUUCUCACCAUGGCCUUGUCUAUGGGAAGUUCCGACCAGAAAGACUACACCGUUUCGGCUGCAGCCUUCAUCAGCACGGAGGGUCCUGAGAUUCAUCCGGGACUGGGUGGUUCUUCACAGUACAGCGUGCAGCAUGAUAGAUUCAUGCCCGUGGAAUUUCACACAUCCCUCGAGACAUGUCUACGGCACUACCUGCCGCUAGAUUUGGGAUUGGAAUUUCCGAACGAUGCAGACAAACUCGAAAAGCUCUCCGAACGGCUCGCAGGCGCCGAAGACCGAUACAAGGGUCAGAAAAAGGGGUUCUGGCAUUCGAUCUGGUACCAUGUUGGCGAUGGGCAAGAGGUAGUCAGUAAUUGGCUUGCCCUCAUACCCAACGAAUACGGACUGGCUGUGGUGAAGACCGGACUGGCCGUGGUGAUCAAGCUUGCCGAAAAGUCCGCCGAACGACGGAAGAAGAUCCUCGAUACGUUUGUCGCCAUCCGAAAUGCGCUGGCGCGAGCCGAUCCAGAAAAGCGAAGUUUCCGGGCCCACAAGGAUGUCCGCGCGUGUGCGGACAGUCUUACCCGGACGAUUACCCAGUGUAUCGAGGAACUGAUCAAGUUGACGUCGAAGCAAAAGACCUCGUGGCGGGAGAAGUUGGCGGAUGUCCCGAAGCGGAAACAGAGGGCGCCUCCCAGCGAUCCGGAUGGGAUUUUGGAAAAGCUGGCCAAGUCGACGGAGGAGUUCGAGGAUGUUGUCACUCGUGUACGAGACAGUACGAUCGAGGCCACGGGGUAUAUGGCUAUGUCGAUCACGACAGCACUGCCGGUGAUGCAUGAUGACAUACGUGGGACGGAUGACCGCUUGCAGAACCUGGAUCGCAAGCAGGAUAGCCGAGACGAGGACUACAGGAUGGGAUACCAGAAUAUAUGCACACUGCUGAAUGAGACGCUUGCCAAUACGCGCAGGAUUGCGAGGAGAGAUGAGAAUUUACAGGUUAUUGCCCGAACUACCAUGGUCCGAUUGCUGCGUGAGAGUAAAAGACUAGAAGCAGAGAACAAGAUGCUUCGCCAGCAGCAAAGACUCAUGGCCAAUUUCGGAGCCAUCGUCGAUGAAAGCCAACUCUUCGAAAUCCUGACUCUCGCAUCACGCUCCAAUGACCACGAGCUGUCGGAUUUGGCCCACAUGCUACGCCAACCGAACGCCGACUUGCAGCUUGCAUUGACAUACAAGGGGAAGUUAAGUCAAGAGAGUCAAAGAAAGGUCCAGGCAGCAGUUGUCACAGACAACAGGGUCCUGCAAUGGCUGCAGUGCCCAGAAUCCGAUCUCAUCAUGGCAGACGCGAACGCCAUCAACCCAGGCAUAUCAAAGAUAUCUGCCAUUUCGGUCUUCAGCGCCACCUUCAUCACCAGUAUGAUCAACGCUCGUCCAGCAGAUGUGGUCGCCCACUACUUCUGCGGCCAUCAUUUCCGUUCCAAGGAUCCUUGGCACGGCCCCAACGGACUCGUUCGCUUCAUCGCAAUGCAGCUGCUUAUGAGGCUUAUGGAGAUGAAGCGACCCAAUCUGAGUUUCAUCAGAAGCUCUAACCAUGUUCGAAACCUGGAGGAACAUGACCUGUGGACUCUAUGCCACCUGCUACAUUCUAUAGUGGCACAGUUUCCAUACCAUGUGACCGUCUGCUUGGUUAUUGAUUCCAUAUCAUGCUUUGAUACUUCCAGAACUGCCCAUGACCUUCAUAUUGUGAUGGACCACCUGCACCGGAUUGUGACCGAGGAAUCACUCCGUCCAACUGUCAAGGUCUUUCUGACCAGUCCAAUGCAUAGUAGUCGAGCAAUGAUACAGUCGGAUGUCUUCCAAGAAGAUCCAACUCGCAUUGUUCGCCUGAUCCCGAAUAAUUCCCCGCUACCUUUGAUGGACAUGUCGGAGCGGCUUGUUGGCCAUAUGCUGUUCCAAGAUUAAGUGGAGGGGGAUCUGGAGGUCAUUACAGAUAUGAACAGCAGUUCUCUGGGCUAUCCUUAUGUUCAAAGUCAAACUCACAAUUAAGAAGCGAAUAUAUCCAUGAUUAUAAAGAACCAAUGUCUAUUACAAAGAAAAUUAAUAAGC